AUGAAAGAAGUUGCCCAAACUGGAGUACCUCCAUCAUCCAUCAAUCUCUUCUCAUCCCUCCAACACCAACAUCCUCCACAAUCUCUCUUUUCCACAGCUCUUCGCUUGGACCUUAAUUGCCAACCACCGCCACAGAAGAUAACUACGCCAUUCAAGUCCUUCACACCCUUACUAACCCAAGUUGAUGCAGAAAACGAUCUCUCUUCGAAUAUUCAAGAACAAAUAAUCAAGUAUACAUACAUGUUCAUGCAGGGUGACCAGUUGCGGUACAAGAUAGCAGACUUGUGGAGGAAGAACUACACUGAUCUCCUGUGCGCAGCGGAAGAGAGAGCGGCGAAGAAACUGAAAGAGAGAGAGUUGGAAAUGGCCAACACGACGCGUAGGAACUGUGAGUUGGAAGAGAAGGUGGCGCAGUUUAGAGCGGAGGCGCAGGUUUGGCAGGCCAAAGCGAAGAAUUUGGAGCAAACAACGUCGUCUCUGAUGGCGGCACUGCAAGAGGCUAAACUGCACGGCGGGAGUGUUGAGGAGGGGAAGAGAUUAAGUUGCGCCGGCUGCGAAGGGACGCAGCAAGAGGACGCCGAGUCGUCGUUCGUUGACCCGGAUCGAGUUGAGCUAGUGAGGCUGGCGUGCAAAGCGUGUGAGAGGAGAGUCGCGACGGUAAUGAUGUGGCCGUGCCGACACGUGUGUGUUUGUGUCAGAUGCGACGCCGUUUCUAAAGCCUGCCCGGUUUGUCUUUUGCGUAAGACCACUAGCGUUGAAGUCUGUCUCCCUUAA